CGUAUAAAACCCGGAACUAUUGAGCCUCCUCUCUUUCCCCUUCUCUUGGUAGUGCUGCCCGGCUUCAGGUCCGUCCCAAGAUGGCGAAGCUGCUGAGCUGCAUUUUAGGCCCGCGGCUCUACCGGGUUUACCGGGACCGAGGGCCCGCCAGACCCGCUGCUAUCAGGGCUGAGGCUGCCGAGGGGCCCCAAGGCGCCUUAGAGCCGUCUUGGAAUGCGAGACUUGUUCGGCGGCGGGUGGAAGGAGUUUGUGCUCCAGAAUAUCGGGGAAACGCUGGGAGGGGACCAGCACUGGAGGAAGAAAGUGGAGCUGGAGAGAAAGAAAGAGAGACUGGAAUCAGCCCCUGGAAUGUCGCGCCUCUUUAUUUUCUCCUUCUCUUGUGCAAGGCUUCCGCUCCUUGUUGUGGUCCUUUCCUGGAAUCAUAUUAUCAGCCCCGGACCCUUGAAAAACAUGCCGACAGCAUCCUUGCACUGGCUUCCGUACUGUGGUCCAUUUCCUAUUACUCCUCCCCGCUUGCUGUGUUUUACCUGUACAAAAAAGGGUAUUUAACUGUGUCGAAGGUGGUUGCGAUCUCUCACUACGCUGGGACAAUGCUACUAUUGUUGGCUGGGAUUGCCUGCCUCAGAGGCAUUGGUCGUUGGACCAACCCUCAGUACAUCCAGUUCAUCAGCAUCCUUGAGGACGCACACCGCUAUGGCACACCCGAUCACAAGAAGAAACUUGCCACCUACAAUUUUGACUUCAGAAGUUGGCCCGUGGACUUCCGGUGGGAUGAGGUUACAAGUCGGUCAGAUUCACGAGGUGUUUCCUUGUUACGGUCAGAACCAAAGCACCGCAGUGCAGUCAACGGCUUCCUGCAUGCCAUCAAGAAGUUGCCCUGCCAGAUUGUCAGCUUUAUAGUGGCUCACACCUUUGGCCGGCGUAUGCUGUACCCAGGCUCUGUAUACCUCCUGCAGAAAGCCCUCAUGCCCAUGUUGCUUCAAGGACAAGCCCGGCUGGUGGAGGAAUGCAAUGGAAAACGAGCCAAGUUGGCAGCUUGUGACGGAAAUGAAAUUGAUGUCAUAUUCAUGGACCGGAGAGAGACCUUUGAACCACAAGGCAGGAAACUGGUGAUCUGCUGUGAAGGAAAUGCUGGGUUCUAUGAAGUUGGCUGCCUCUCCACCCCGCUGGAUGCUGGCUACUCUGUGCUGGGAUGGAAUCACCCUGGAUUUGCUGGCAGCACGGGUGUGCCACUGCCUCAGAAUGAGGCCAAUGCCAUGGAUGUGGUGAUGCAGUAUGCCAUCCAUCGCUUGGGCUUCCUUCCAGAAGACAUCAUCCUCUAUGCCUGGUCCAUCGGGGGCUUUACAGCCACUUGGGCAGCCAUGUCAUACCCAGACACCAGUGCCCUUGUCCUGGAUGCCUCCUUUGAUGAUCUCGUUCCUCUUGCCCUCAAGGUCAUGCCGGAAAGCUGGAGGGGAUUGGUCACUAGUACAGUGCGACAGCACUUGAACCUGAACAACGGGGAGCAGCUUUGCAGGUACCAGGGCCCCGUGCUUCUGGUGCGCAGAACCAAAGAUGAGAUCAUCACUACAACAGUUCCUGAAGAUAUAAUGUCCAACAGAGGAAAUGAUUUGCUCCUGAAGUUACUACAGCAUAGGUAUCCCAAAGUCAUGGUCGAAGAGGGCAUGAGAGUUGUGCGUGAGUGGCUGGAAGCUUCCACACCCAUGGAAGAAGCCUCAGUGUAUAGUCGCUAUGAAGUAGAAGAUGACUGGUGUCUGUCCGUACUGAAGUCCUACAAGGCUGAAAACGGAGAUGAGUUUCCCUGGAGUGUUGGUGAUGACAUGACAGCUGAAGGGAGACGACAGCUUGCACUAUUUCUGGCCCGUAAGCACCUCCAAAACUUUGAAGCAACACACUGCACACCACUUCCUCCCCAAGAAUUUCACCUCCCAUGGAGCUUAUAGCAUCCUUGCCUUCCCUGCAGCAGUCAUGGCUUCCUGUAUUGGUGUCUUUUUUUUUUCCCCUGCUUAGUGCAUUUGCUUUUUCUGCGUGUGUGUUUGUGUAUGUCUGACCCUCACCAUUCUCCCUCUGCAUGCUGUAAAUUUGCACCCUCUCCCCUGUAAUAUUUAUCCUCUAACCUCAAAACCUACACAGUUGUAGGGAUUCACAAUAAAGAUGGUAUUUUUUAUACUUA